AUGUUGACUCUAAUGUCAAUGUUGUCAAUUGACAACUUGGUAGAAGCUCAAAUACUUCCAGUUCAAGAAUUGGAGUCCAUUCAAUGGUUGAUUCAACAACAUCAACUGGAUUGGAACAUCAAUGGCACAACCUGUGAGGUUAUCCAGGGCACAUCAUCUUCUAAACUCACAUGUUUCAUAUUCAAUGGACAACAAGGCGUAUCUCAAAUAUAUCUAUCUAAUGCGACAUCAUCGUUUGAUCAAGGUUAUCCAAAUCCAAACUUAACAUCGUUUGGAUUCAACGCACUGAAUAUAUUCAUCAUUGAGAACUAUCAGAUGAAGAACAAGUCAUUGAAUACCUUUGCCAUGCUAGACAGUAGACCCAGUUUUACAGUCCUCAAUACAUUGAUUAUCAAAGGUUAUGGAAGCCCCAACAUCUAUAUGAAUCCAAAGUGGUGGUCUGCUCUUAAGAACCUGACCAUAUCAAUACUGGAUACCUCAAUAUCUAUACCGACAUACAAUAUAACAUAUAUACAUCCUGAUACUGCACAAUUUGAUUAUAUGUGCCAAGUGAAUAUCGAAACAAUACAUCCAAUGAAUCUAACAUUCAACAUGAAGACUAUCAAUACGUUUAAUGUAUUCAAUCGUGCACCUCAGAACAAAGUAUACGCAAGUCUAAAGUUCGACUAUACCUUCUAUUUCCAAUUGGAGAAUGUAGAGUUACUUCAAACAGACUUCUCACAAAUCCAAACAGAGAACAUGCAAUUGACCAAUGUUAAUGAAGUCACUGGUGGCAAGGGAUUCUACUUCCAAUACAAAGAAGGCCACCAGAGGUUCUUCCCCAAGCUAAGCUGGUUCGUCUUGAACAAGAGUUUCAAAGCCAUUGGAGUAGAUAUAUCGGACAGUACAGUUGGAGGUACAUUGACAGAGGACUUUAGUCAGUACCAAUUCUACAGGAUGAUGAUUGCCAACACCAGUAUCACAGGACAAAUGCCUCAAUACUUCUGUCAGAUACCAUUAUACAACUCACUGCCUGGCUACUUCACAUGGGACAAUGUCAAUUUCUCAAACAUUCCAGACUGUUUCUAUUGUUACUACUCACAGAUCAAGGAUUUCUUUGCAAAGACUACCUUUACAACUGUGCCAGCAAGCUUCAAAUGUGAUGUGAGAUUGUUCCAGACAUACUUCAUCAGGAAUAGUCCCACUGCAGUACUACCAUUGAAGGGUGUAAACCUUGGCUUUGGAGCAGACCCUGGACCCAGCAUAACUAUGAGGAUGGCCAACACAUUCUUUGAUUACAAGCCAACCUUACUCAAUGGAAACGAUACAGUGGUCUUCUCCAAGUUGUUCAAUUACAAAGUCAACAUCACCUGGGUCACGGACAUAAGCACAUUGGUAUCAGUUUAUGGACAAAAGUUAUUCCAGUAUUACUAUGUCAAUGUGAAUGGAACAUUUGAUCAGACAUUAUCAUAUCAGAUGGUGGUCAAUGGACAUAACUGCACGAUCAAGUCAAUGACAAACACAUCGACAAUAUGCUACACUGAUCCAUCCGCCAUCCUAGACGUCUCCCAAUUCAACAAUGUAACACUCAUUACACCAUACCAGAACAUGUCAGUUCAAUUCAAAGACUCUAAGUAUCCAAUCAUUAGCUCAGCAUCAAAGACAACAGUUAAGGGAGGUCCCAUUGAUAUAUAUGGUACAUUCGGAUCGAUAUUCAACUAUACAAGCGUGAUGAUUAAUCAAAGAGAGUGCAAUAUUACUUUGAUCAACUCGUCAUCAAUCAAUUGUAACAUUGCUGGUGAUCUUCGUGCGGGACUGGCCAAUCUCACACUAGUCAUCAACUCUGAGGUCAUAACAUUAUUGGAUAUAUUACUAGUUGAAUAUGACAACACUACAGCGCAAUGUGUAAACCCUGAUGUUGCAGUACCAUCGACAUGCUCUGGUAAUGGACAAUGUGUUACAGGAUUGUGUCAUUGUUUGGAUGGCUUUGGUGGAUAUUACUGUGAUUCAGUGUUGGAUACAAGUGGCACUGUGUUGAUCAAUAGUACAUUGCCAUCAAUGACGAUCGAGUCCAAUGGAGUCAAGUUUGAACUCACGCUCGUAGCUUUUGAGGAGCUUGGCGCUGGGGACGAGGUGGUCUACACGAUUGGCGCCAACAAGUGGCUGUACAACAAGUCUGUGGAUGGCGUGAUCAAUCGCUACAACUACCACCUGGUCGUGGCUGACCCCAAUCAGCCCGCACUGGACGUCUCCAUCCAGUUUGAGAUUGCGUCGGUGGGUCGCGCUGUUGAGUUUGCCGGCGUCACCAGUUGGUAUCCUGCCGGCUCGCUCAAGAUGGUCGUGAACAUCAAUCGCUGGCACUUUGGCUCCAACCUCAACACCCUGCGCGUUGUCUUCUCCAACCCGACGCCAGACGUGCCCACAUGCCAAGUGUCCAGCGUUGUGGGCAAGAGCAACAUCGACCGCAACGUACAGUACAUCAAGAUUGUUAACAACGGUGUAACGUUCUAUGGCUACUUCUUGCCGCUGGCGUUGUCAGACGGCCGUCCCGCAUACUCGCGUAACGAGUACAUCAACGUGACCACGACCAACACAUUCAUCGGCAUUCGUCUGCCACAAUGCGAGCGAUGCACCAUUGACCCAGCGUUCUCUGUGCUGGUCAACGGACAGGAUGAGCUGGGUCCAGCCUGUGGCAAGAAAGAGUUCCAACGAUUGGCCAUCAUACUGAUCGCAGUGUUUGGUGGUGUUGUCCUCUUGUCACUAGUCAUUGGCGCAUCAGUCUACUUCAUCAGGCGUAGAAAACAUGCAUCAGAGAGGAAGCGCAUUGCUGUUAGACUUCAACAGAUACAGCAGCCACAGCCUUCAACAUAA